UUAUGUCACACACUUAUAAUCUCGGAGUAACAACGUGGUGAUCGCGCAAUGAACAACUAAUUUAUCUUACGUAUUUAUAUUAUUUUUUUUUUUAUAAAUAAAAUAUUUAAGUGGUCUUACACUUUAUAUUUAUCAUUAAAAUAACACAAUAAUGACUAAGUUUAAUAUUAUUAAUUAAUUAUAAAUAAAUUAAUUACUUAAUUUAUUUAUUUAUUUAUUUAUUUGCUGAUAAAUUAAUCAGUUGGCUUGUGAAUGUGGUAAAAUUAUUUUUUAUAUUUUUUAUAAAUAUUUGAGUGGAUUAACUGGAGACUGGAGGAAGAUUCAGAAGAGUGUUUGUGUUUGUGUUGAAAAAAGAUGGCAGCCGCAUUGACCGUAGAACAGGAACAAGCUACAAAAGAAUUUAUAGAAGCGGUAAACAAAUGUCGCGCUGGUAGAAGAGCAAGUCCGGUAUCCUGGAGUACGGCUGUUAAAUUUUUGACAGCACGUAAAUUUGAAGUAUCACGUGCAUUGGCAUUGUACGAACAGCACGAGGCUACAAGACGUCGUGAAGGUCUGGCAACACUUCAUCCAACUCAAGAGCCACUUCUUUCAGAAUUACGUACGGGUAAAUUUACCGUACUGCCAUCAAGAGACGGUACAGGUGCAGCAAUAGCUAUUUUUACAGCACACUUGCAUCUACCACAGUGUACAACGCAUCAAACAACUCUACAGGGUGUAGUUUAUCAACUAGACGCUGCGUUGGAGAGCGCAGAAACACAAAAACACGGAUUAGUAUUCAUUUAUGAUAUGUCCGACAGCAAAUAUCAGAAUUUUGAUUACGAUUUGUCACAAAAAAUUCUCACACUACUAAAGGGAGGGUAUCCAGCAAAGUUGAAAAAAGUACUGAUUGUAACAGCACCGCUCUGGUUCAAAGCUCCGUUUAAAAUUUUACGUUUAUUUGUAAGAGAAAAAUUACGAGACCGCGUAUUUACGGUAUCAAUUCCACAAUUGACACUUCAUAUUCCACGAGAUUCGUUACCACAACGUUUGGGCGGUACUUUGGAGAUACAGCAUGAAGCCUGGCUGUUACAUUGUCUCAAGUCCAUGACGAAUCGUAGUGGUGGUGAAUUGUGUGAGGUUACCCCUAGAGUGGGUAGUCCUCUAUCACCAACAUCAAAGUCACCAAAUCACAGCCCAACAAAUGAAACAACAAACAAUGUUGUAAGUAGCAGUAACUCAACGAGUCCAAUAAGCGAAAAGCACAAGAUUAAAAAUGGAAGUGUGACAAUUGGUGACAUUGAAAUAACAAACGGCGAUUGCUGGCUAGCAAGUGAUGAAGCACCGUCACCAGUACAGCCGCCCUCGUCUGCAAGCUCUGGGUUCAGCGACGACGACAGUCUUCAUGGAGACCUGGGUUUGCAAGCUGUCACAAUGGAGCAGCUUGUUGAGGCCAUUCACUCACGUGGACGUGCCGGUUUGGUAGCUGAGUACGCGGAAAUAAAACAAAGGCCACCCGAUGGUUCGUUUAAUAAUGCCAAAUUGCGUCAAAACCAACCGAAAAAUCGAUACACCGAUGUGCUGUGUUACGAUCACUCGAGAGUUUGUCUGUCUCAAGUUGACAAUGAUCCUUCCUCUGACUAUAUCAAUGCUAAUUUUGUCGAUGGUUAUAAACAAAAGAACGCUUUUAUCAGCACACAAGGACCAUUGCCCAAGACUUGUGGGGACUUUUGGCGGAUGGUUUGGGAACAACAGACUCUAGUUGUUGUCAUGACUACCAGAGUUAUUGAGCGAGGCCGUACUAAAUGCGCGCAGUACUGGGGUCCUGAACCUGGUGAUGAAGUAUCUGCUGGUGGGUUCACUGUAACGACACUUGAAGUCGACACGAAUCCAGAUUACACGAUAUCUAUGCUGCUUUUGACCAACAACAAGACUGAAGAAACCCGUGAAGUCUGUCAUAUGUUGUACACAGCUUGGCCAGACUACGGAGUACCACAAUCAGCAAGAGCUCUAUUGCAAUUUCUUUCAUUGGUAAGACAGCAGCAAACAAAAUUACUUGCUAGCAGAGGAGAUACUUGGGCUGGUCAUCCUCGUGGCCCACCAAUUGUUGUACAUUGUAGUGCUGGAAUCGGUCGUACUGGAACAUUUUGCACACUGGAUAUUUGUAUAUCUCGUCUGGAAGAUACAGGAACUGUUGACAUACGUGGUACAGUUGAAAAAAUUCGUGCCCAGCGAGCUUACAGUAUUCAAAUGCCUGAUCAGUAUGUAUUUUGUCACCGCGCCCUUGCAGAAUAUGCACUUUCCCGAGGGAUGUUGGAGAUUCACCAUCUUGCCAUGUUACCACCUACUAUUGAGGAAGACUCUGACUAGGUUACCAGAUUAGUAUUUUAGAUAAUCAUCUCGAUUGUAUUCCAACUGUUCUCUCCCAUCUUACUGACUCUUUUCAACAUCAGCCUGAUCCUGUCAUUAUUUAAUUAUUUUAAAAAAUAUCGGCUCUCUAUUUUAAAAACCGGUGAUUUGAAAAUGUAUUCUACUUAUUUCUAGUCUCGUAAACUUUUUUAUUUUUCAUUCAAAAUAAAUUCGCGUAGACAACAUCAGCAACAACAAUAAAUUCCAUCAGGAUUAUUUUAAAAUUUUUUAAAAUUAUUAAUUGGUUAAAAAUUAUCCGACUCGACACGUGUUAUUAAUUAAUCGUAAUUAAAUAAUAAUAACAAACUAAUUAGACUGAUGAAAAAAAUUAAAAUUAAUUAUUAACAACCAAUGGAACAAUUUUAAUUAUAAAUAGCAUUGAAGACGUAUAUCCAAUCAGUGGCUUAAUUCUCCACAAUAUAGAAAAUUUUAAUAUCUUUUACGAUUAAAUUUUUUCUAAUCGUCUAAUAAUCACGUUAAUUAUACGUGCAUACGUUCUUCCUUAUACUCUAAAUAUUUAUAAUAAUAAAUUAAUAAACAAUCAACCGGACGAUAUAUAAGUAGAUUUCUAAAAAAAUAAGAAAAAAAAAAAUAUUAUAAAUAAAUAAAUUAUAUAAACUCGCUGUCAUUAGAUUUUGCAUCAGAAAAAAAAAAUCCUGUGAUCUUUAAUCGUUACACAAAGAAAUUGUGAACAAAAACUAUUAAUCGAAAAAUGAAUGAAUAAAUAAAUAAUAAAUAAAUAUCAAAAAAAAA